UCUCAUUCCUUCCAAUUGAGCAGCGCCGCCACCCAGUCAGUCAGAGCGACUAAUCGCACCUAGGCGCUCUCGAUCCACUUGCCUCGGCGCUCAAGUGCACAAUGACAGUCACGACACCCUACGCGUGCGGGGUCGUUCCCGCGCGAUGGUCGGGUAUAGCUCAUGGCCCCUCACGUAGCUGCAAAGGCGCAUCAUUGAGCUUCCGAGACAUCGCAGACUGAGCUUCGCAUCCCUGCCUCCAAUUGACCGCGCGCUGAACAACGCCAUGGCAGACUCGCAGACCACGUUUCCGGCCUUUGACAAGCUGCCGAAGGUCGAGGGCGAGCCGCAGGGCUCUAUAUGGGGAAUUUUCGACAAAGACGGGAAGAAAGAUGAAUGUGGAACUCUCAACCUCCUGACGCCCGCCGUCGUCCGCGCCGCCGCCCGCGAGAUCCAAUCCGGCGAGCACAUCCAGCUCGACUGGCCGCUGCACAACGUGCAAUUCCCGGGCUUCGGGCGUAAAGAAUUCAGCCAGACCAAAAUUGAUCUCAACGCGUCGCUGAAUUUCAAGGCGAUGGACGACGAGCUCUAUAUCAACACGCAGUCGGGGAGUCAGUGGGACAGCCUGAAGCACUUUGCGCACCAGAAGACGGGGCGGUACUACAAUGGGCUGACGCACGAGGAGGCGACGCGCAGCGACACAAACGGCAUCCACAACUGGUGUGAGAGAGGUGGCAUCGUAGGGCGGGGCGUGUUGGUGGAUUGGCUGGCGUGGUACGAAGAGCACAAGGGGAGCGCGCCGAGUCCGGUUAGCAGGCAUGAGAUUCUGGCCGAGGAGCUGGAUAAGGCGUUGGCGUGGCAGGGGACGAAGACACAACCUGGAGACAUCCUGCUCAUCCGGAGCGGGUAUGUGAGGUGGCACAACAAUGCGUCCGAGGCGGAGCGCAAGAAGGGGACUCAGGAGAAUAGUAUUGCGAUCGGCUUGCAGGGGAGUGAGGAGUCGGUGCGCUGGCUGUACGACCAUCACUUUGCUGCCGUGGCGGGGGAUACGGUGGCGUUUGAGUCGUGGCCGCCGAAGCUGGAUGAGGGCUGGUGUCUGCAUGAGUGGCUGCUUGUGCAAUGGGGAAGUCCCAUUGGCGAGAUGUGGGAUCUCGAGAAGUUGAGCAAGGUCUGCAAGGAGAAGAAGAGGUAUACAUUCUUCCUGACCAGCGCGCCGCUGCACGUCAAGGGGGGCAUUGGAAGUCCGCCGGGUGCUAUUGCGAUUUUUUAGGUCUGCCGAUAGUAACUAGAAGCUGGUUAUUGCUUUGUCGCUAC